CCUCCCUCUCUCUCUCUCUCUCUGCUGACUGGAGGUGAAGCGGUGUGUUUCUCUCCCCUCGUCGCCAUCCCGGGGAAACCUGGACGGACGCUCUCUGUGACCGACCGACCGACCUACUGACCGACCUACUGACUGACUGACUGACUGGCUCGGCGAUGACAAGAGGGAUGAAUCUGCGAAAUUAAAAGGACUGCGGGGGAAAACCGAAACCGGGAGAGAACGCGACCAGCCAGCGAACCGGGACCGUGCACGGUGGCUGUAAAACCUCCCCGCCUUCGCCCGUUGGUCAGAGAUGGAGUUCUCCGACGACUUCCUGCUGGCCGAGCUGGGCCACCUGCAGCUCUACAACGACUCGCUCUUCCAGAACAACUUCACCGGUGGCUACAACGACACCGACGCCUUGCUGCCGACGGGGGUGAAGGUCACCAUCGUGGUCGUCUACAUGAUCGUCUGCGUCAUCGGCCUGGUGGGAAACUUCCUGGUCAUGUAUGUCAUCAUAAGAUACACGAAGAUGAAGACGGCCACAAACAUCUACAUCUUUAACCUGGCCCUGGCUGACUCUUUGUUCCUGGCUACUUUACCUUUCCAGGGCACCGACGUGUUCCUGGGCUUCUGGCCGUUCGGGAACGCUCUGUGUAAGGCGGUGGUGUCGAUCGACUACUACAACAUGUUCACCAGCACCUUCACGCUGACCGUGAUGAGUAUGGACAGGUACGUGGCCGUCUGCCACCCCGUGAAAGCGCUGGACAUGAGGACGCCUCACAAGGCCAAGGUGGUGAACAUCUGCGUGUGGGUGCUGGCUUCUGCCUUUGGCGUUCCGGCCAUGGUCAUGGGAAAUGUAGAGGAGGAACAAGAGCAUAACAGUGUUGAAUGCAUCGUGGUGUUACCUGAACCAAGGAGUCACUGGGAAUCUGUGUUCGGCACCUGUGUCUUCCUCUUUUCCUUCCUCAUCCCUGUAGCUAUCAUCAGCAUCUGCUACAGCCUGAUGGUCAAGCGCCUACGCAGUGUUCGCAUCCUGUCUGGUUCCAAGGAAAAGGACCGCAACCUGCGACGCAUCACCAGGAUGGUCCUGGUGGUAGUGGCAGCAUUUGUCGUCUGCUGGACACCCAUCCAGAUAAUGGUCCUGGCUCAGUCGCUGGGCUUCAACCUGAGUAGCUUGUUCACACUGGUCCUGAUGCACUUCUGCAUUGCGCUGGGCUAUGUCAACAGCAGCUUGAAUCCUGUUCUCUAUGCCUUCCUGGAUGAGAACUUCAAGCGUUGCUUCCGUGAGUUCUGCAACCCAUCACCAUUCCGCCUCGACACCCAGCAGUCAGGCAGGAUGAGAAGCAUUGCCAGGGAGGUGGCAGCGGCCUACAGCUGCAAGGCCGGAGAUGGUGGGGGUCAUGGGGGAGGGACGCCAAAUCCCGCAUGACUAGGCGUGGAGCUUCCUUUAGUGGGGGUAGACCCCCCACAGAGGCGAGAGAUCCAGGGAGCAGGGAACUCCAACACAGAAUUAACUCAGAUUACAGCUCUCUAGCGCCACGAGCCCUCCCGUCCCCCAACUAGAAGACUUGCCUGGGGCGGGGGGGAGGGAGAUGAGGAGGAUGGCAUCGAAAGGAAAAGAAUUUAAUAAGUAUGUGGAAGACAAACAGGACCCACAGAGCGCUCAUUUGGGUGACAAUAGGGAAAUGGGAUACAUUGAAAGCUUGGGUUGGAAGGGUGGUGGACAUCUGGGUACAAAAUACGUAGUGCCAGAUAUGGAAGUGGUUAAACACAUUGUGGAUCCUGGAUCUUAGACAAAUAUGGUCACUGACGUGGCAAAAUGUUUUUGAAUGGAACUACAGAGUAGGGGAAACCUCAAGACUUUCUUAAGGAUCAGGCUGUCUUGGUGAAUGUAAACACAAGAGGUGAAAGCAUUAUCUAGUAUUGCAGCUCCAAAAACAAAAGCCUCUUAAACAGAAAUUAGAUCCCCUGGCCAGUUUCUCCAGCUCUAAAAAGAUCCCAGAUUGCGCUGAGAACGCAGAGGUUGGAGUAAGACAUGUGAAUAAAACUUCUUAACACUAAGGGAUUCAUUGAGGGACCUGCUCAUACCAAAUCUCUGAAACCACCAUGGGGUACGUUGGUGCUUGUAGAAAGACUGUAAACAACGUUGGAAGCAUUGGAUCGUGGCUAUCUGGUGGUAAGGACUACAAACAUAAGACUUGCCAAGUUAAAGUAAAGCAUUCCUGAAUUGUGAAGUGGAUGGUCAGUCGUUUCACUACAGUCUAUAGUGUCUUUAUCAGUCAAUGUUUUGGUCUGAAGAACUUUGUAUCAUCUGUGGUGGGAAGCUGUGGACAAUUAAAUGAUGGAGUCUUAUUGUGAUAGGCACUUUGAAAAUGGGUUAUCAUAAUGGUAAUUUGCUGCUGAGCCCAUUUUUGGAAUACAAUGGGCACAAGAAAAUGCAAUGUGAUGUUUACAAAUGUAGACAAGAAGUUGGAUGUAAUAUUGGCAAAAAAUAGCUGGCAUAAGGAAGAAAAAAAAAGUGCGACAAGCUACAUUUCUUGAAACUGUGUAUCGACCCAGAAUGGGCCACAUGAAUGCUAUUUCUCAUUGGAGCAACAUUUCCCAAUCUGUCCUGAAGCAAAAUAGUCCUAAGAAAUCUUUCCUAAAACAUGUUUCUUAGAGUUUUGUUCUUUUUGAUUUUUGAAAAGUUUCUAGGACCACCUGUGGGGUGUUGAAGUUUAGAGUUUGGUUUGGCGUGGGUGGGGAUGGUUGGGGGUGGGGAGGUCGAUAGCUUGUGAGAUUGUAACCUGAAAGAAAUGCAAACAAACAAGAGAAUCAGGUUGGGGGGCAAGGCCCAGCAUGGGUAUUAACCCCUCUCUGCUGCUUGCCAGUUUGUAGUGGGUCUAUACAUGAAAUUUUAAUUAGACAGUAUCCAAACGUAGAUCCACCUGUUUCAAGUUACAAGAACUUUUAAAAGUUUUCCAUAAACAUUUUUUUUUAUGAAUUCUAAAAGCUGUUUUAAAUAUUUGUUUCAAGCACUUAGGCAACAGAGGAUGCCUUACAAAACACCUGGACGGCAUAAUUUGUCAGAUAAUAAAUUGAUUAUUGGUCGUGAAUUUGGUCUCCUUAAAUAAAAUAACGAUUUUUAAAAAUUAUAGUUUGAGUAUUGGCACAUUGAGACAUGCUUAUCAGACUGUAUUUACCACACAUCUGUGAUUGUACCGUUGAACACAACAUCUCUUGUAAAAACCUAUUUAAAACAUGAUCAAGAAAUACACAUUACCCAAAACAUUAUAGCAGUGUAAAACUAUCUGUAGAUAUGGUAUGGCCCUUUGAGCUCUCGCUGGCCAGCUGAGCCAACACUCCAGCAGUUAGCUAAAAAAAUACAUUAAUGAGACUCUCCUCUUUGAAAAAAACAAGCCUGUAGGGUCGUCCAACCUAGCAGCUUAUUAUGACCCAUAGUUGUUUUUAUUGUAAGGUGACCUCUGGUGGCCAUAGUCAUUUUGGAUGGUAGCUGGGUAGGAAGUCUUGUGGACGUUUUAUAGAGAGCGACAAAGUCUGGGUUAGGAAGAGGGUUGGGAUGGAUGUAUGGGUUGACACAACUUGGGGUUUUCACACAAGAGACCACUAAACAUUAAACUGCAUAAUCACAGAUGUUUGCAAAAUGACAUGACUGGUUGAGUUAUUUUUUUCCAGGUGGGUAGCGCUUGUUGGGUUUUUGGGAAUCCAUGGUGAACCUGAUUGGGUUUGGGGUUGAGGAUUGGGGUUUGGGAGUGCUUGUGGUGAACUCUGGGUUUGAGAUAUUCUAAGGUGGGGAUAUGUGCUGUACAUUGGGCUGGGUAAGGGUAGGGGUGUUAAACAGGGGAGCAAUUUCAACUCCCAGAACCACAGUGGCAAAGCAGGAGGACGGGGUCAGUGUGCUCUGACCCCACUCCAAGGGACAAAGGGGCUCUCUCUCUCUUCUUAGUGUCUUAAGGUGGAAAUCAACCCUGGAACAGAAAUCCCUAGUAUCGUAUUCUCAGGGGACCUGGACAGUUUUGGAAAUUGUACUGACAGCAUCAAUGAUGACAUGGAGUCUGUCAAUAUGAUACCUAGGUGGCACUCAAACUGACAAAAAAUAGAACAAUUCUCAAAAAUGCUAAAUCAUGCAAAAAAUUAAAUAUGACAUAUUUCUGUUGACUGGAAAUCUGUCCCAUAAACACAUCUAACAGUAACAAAUGUAAAUUGAGCUUUUACUUGGUUGUAGUUAUAGUUAUAGUGUUUUUAUAUAGGGGAUACUGUGAAGAUCCAAAUUGUAACAGGUAUUAUUAUGAUUAUUAAUAAUCAUAAUAAUAAUGUUAGAAUUCCUUUUUACUCUUUUUGUUGCACUGUUCAUUGCAAACAACGAUCGAAUCCCACUUUGGUAAAACCUUUAGAUAAAGAUAUCAAUAAUAAAAGACAAGGUACAGUAGUUUUACAAGCAGACAAUACAGCAAAAGUUCAAUCAUUUUUUAAAGUUGAGUCAGUCACCCAAUUGUAUGGGGAAAAGUUGGUUCGUUUUAUGAUUCAAUGCCUAAAUUAAAUAAAUCUUUAUAUAACUAUUUUGUUUUCAAAUCAAAAAAAGAAAAGAAUAUCAGACCUCACUUUCUGGGUUUAGCUUUUUGAGGUUUGCUAUAAGGAACAUAAAAUUAAAUUAAAAAAUGAAAGUUACAGUGCAGUUACACACUUUUCUGAUGGUUUGCUGAAUUUGGCUGCAGUGUCAGUGAUGUAGUUGAUUGUUUAACUGUCCAGUCUUUUAGAAUUUACAUGUGGAUUCUGUUAUGGGGUUGGUAUCCCCUUUAAUUUUGUGUGUAAAUGUGUGUCUCUUGUUACUUUCGUGGUUCACUUGGUUAAGCUCUCUGUACUUUGAGUUGUUUUUAAAUGUAUUUUCACUUAAUUUUUACAUUAACAGGAUCAGUUUCAAGAGAGCAAGUUGAUUCCACACAGUUAAGUUUUGCUGUGCUGCUUUUGUAUAUAUAUAUAUUUUUUUUUCUGUCUUUACAAUCUAAUAUUUUUGAUGCAGCUACUCUUUGCAGCACAAAUAAUUAAUUUUCUUAAUUUUCCUAAAGUUGUGUUCUUUUGUUUGUGAGGAACAAUUCUAUGAACUUACAUUGCCUUAAAUAUCAAGUGAAGUGUGUUACUGAAGCUCGCUCUCUGGCUGGACAAAACGUGUUCUAGUUCAUACUGGUGCUUUGCUGUAAGUUUUUACUAGUCCAGGACCGUAUUCAUAAAGCCUCUGAGAAGAGAACUCAUCAGGCCAGAGUAAAAUUUAAUUGUUUGUUGGAAUUUCGAGACUGUCCUCCGUUUUUCAAGAAGCUUAUUACGACCUUCUAAAGACGGCAGACCACUGGCGGUAGUUAUGUACAGGGCCGCUAGAGGUCAGCGAUAGAAAACCAUAGACCUGGGAAGUCCUUUAAGUUUGUAUAUUUCAAUGGAUUUGCUUUAUAUUCUGUAAAGUUAUCGUGCUGAUUCUCUGCCAUGUGACCCUAACCAUCACCUUUACCAUUUACAAGCUUAUCAACCAUGCGUUGGUAUAUAAAAUAAAGCCCCACAAUGGAGGACUUGUUGGGAAUUUCUAAAGAAAAUAGCUUUCUAUAUCCUUAAAGAUUUAACCAGCCUACUUCAUUAAUGGCUAACACUCACUAAAAUGUCAGUUAAAUCUGGUAUAAUUAUUUCUGUUGGAAUUUUAGGGAUUUGGAGGAAAUUACAAAACAGCAUAAAAAGAGUUUUUUAACCUGUGAUAAUUGGUUGUUUUAUAACCCAAUAACACUCUGUGGUGUGCUCAGAGUAAAUUAUCACUAACUUUAUGAUGACAUUUAGGAGCCGUCUGCCUCUGUGGCCUUUUAUAAUGUGAUUACUCUAAUAACAGGGGAAACAAAGAGGUUUCAAAGUGAUCAUCUGUAAUUUGAGCGCACCUUUACACCAAGUGACUUUAAGGUCCACCAUGAGAACAACAGUAAACAAAUCCCAUUAUAAGAAGACGUCACUAGUGUAGGUCGGGUGGCUGGGGAAACACUUUCUACAGCCCUGGGUACAAUACACAUAUUGUAUCCCCCCAUCGAUUACUUGGUAGCGGAUCCCAUAGUAUUUCUCUAAGUUCACCGUGUUGGCCACAUAAGGAAUUGGAGUCCACAAUGGCGACAGGCGCAAGUUUAAAUCUUUAAAGUUUAAUUUGCUGUUACUCUGCUCCAUGGGCGGCGCCAGGGGGUAGCUUGGUGCAACACCAUGCUGUCUUAUAGCAACCACUAAGCAAUAGCAGUGAAAAAAUCCUGGCGCUGGCUAUAUAUAUAUACACACACACACACACACACACACACACACACACACAAAGACUUCCAAAAGACAUUAAAAAAGUGUUCUAAAUAAGCACUCAAGGUGUAUUAAACUAAAGGUUUACAUAGCAACAGUACUUGUUAAUAGCAGCAGUACUAGUUCUUCUAGCUAAAAUCUCUGGUGAAACUAAUUCAACCAUGACGGGUGAAGAUGACCACAAAAAAAGAAAAUAUCGAUGAUGACCUGACCACAAUCGACGUUGCCAUGCCAUAAGCACAAUAGUGCACACCAAGAUGCUGUGAUAUCGAAAAUAAUUUUAAUUGACUUCAACUCCUAUAAUCCUAAAUAUUUUUUCCUAUAUAGCAAAUUAUAGUAACUGCAAAUCCCCAAAUUUUCUCUCAGCUCAAAUUUUGGAGGGCCAUCAGAUUUAAAGAAAGGGUUUUAUCAUUAAACUGUUAACAAAUAUGUUGCCAUGUUAUUUUUUUUGUCUGCACCAUGAAUUCUUUCUUUUUUACGCUGUUCUGAGAUAGCUUUAUGAAUACUGGUCAUCUUUCGUACAACCUGGCAGACUUCCUGUAGGAAAAUGGCCGGAGCAUCAAGGACACUGGCCUCGACAUAUUCCACCUUUAUAAAGACGUCCUAUAACGCAGGCUCUUUGUGCUUAACUGUCACUGUUAAAACUGAAAACGCAACAAUAUUUUAUAUAACUGUUUGGUGGGGUUUUUUUGUAGCACAGAACAUAAAGAGGACACCAGGAGGGUUAAAUCCUUCUGUUCAGCAAUGCAGAGUGAGCAUAAAUAUACCGUCACUUAGCUCUGUAUAGACAUCCUGUUUGAAUAUUACAUUAUGUAAAAGUAUAAAACAUGGUUCCGAUCAUCAUUUAAUGUCUGAACUCUCUCUUGUUAUUCUUGGUGUAUAAAUAAAGACUAUUUCUCGCCAGCUGUUGCUGGUACGAAUUGUAACCUCCGUGCAUCCAAAUGCAGGGAGAUUCCUCUCAUUCGUUUACAUUUUACAGACCACAUGAAUGUGAAAUUAAAAACCUGUUGAAAAUCCAAAUCUAAGAAAGAAAAAAAAGCAUACAAUGUUGAUGUUGUUAUUAUUACUAUUAUUGCCAUCAAAAGAGAAAAAAAAAACCUGUUGCAAUGAUUUUUUUUUUGCUGUGCAGGAGACUGUCUGGUAUGUAUCUAUGUAUUUCUCGUGGACUGCAUUUUGCUUACGGCCCCAGUCAUGAAAUGAAACAGUUCUCGAGGCUGGAAAAUCAAACAAAAGCACGAUUUGCUGCUUGUCUCACAUUUUUUAACCGCAAAUUCACAAACACAAUGUGAUCACAAAAUGUACACUUCUUAGUUAAAAAAAUAAUCAACUAGAUGCUUAAAAUGUUAUGCAAUCAUCUUUUUAGACGUGUUCCGAUGCUACCUUGACAAAAUUUCUAGUGGGAUUUGAAUAUCGGUUGUUGAUGCAAUCAGGUGACAGAGCUGUUUGUGACACAUGACUCCGGCUGUAGCUACAUAAACUUAAUGUACUCGUACCGGUUCUGCAGAUGGCAGACGGAAACUACCACGCUAGCUGGCUUGUUGACUAAGCAUAGAGACUUUUUGCUGGAGCUUGACUUUUAAAUUGUAUAUUUUUCGCUGCCUAUGAAAUGAAUAAAUAAAUGAUGGCCAUGUAUAA